GCAUACAACAAGUUCUGCAGCAUGGCACACUAUUUUCUGUACUACUCAGUUAUUGUAAGUAGGCAACCACCCUCCGUCAUUGUGAAAUGUGGAGAAGCAGAAAACCAUCGGAGGAGUCGGUUUUGGUUCAAUACAGAAAUAAGAGUAUUAGGAGGGCAGGCGUUUGGUGUGGAAGCAGUGGGCGAAGGCAUCGAUGUCAAAUGUUAUCUCAUCACAGACGAUACGGCAAAACAACUUCUGAAUAACGCAUACUUGGAAAUGUAG